CUUAUCGAAACCGAAAGUAGGUGGAUUGGGAAGUUUUAUACAAAUGACCUUCGAUUAUCUGUCAACGUCAGUUAAAUUCUUAAGACUAAUCGCUUUUUUAUUGAUUUGUUUUAUUGACUUUUCAGUGUGAUAUCGUUAAUACAAUGGAGGGUUCUGACGAAUUUCGUGAAAUCUUCUGUGAGCCUUGUGGAAAAGCUCAACAGAAAACAACAGCAGAAGGGUUUUGUGUUGGCUGUUCUGAAUACUUAUGCGGACAGUGUUUUAAUCAUCACAAGCGUUUUAAACAAUUUGAGCAACAUGUUCUACAAGAUAAAAACAGCAUGCCUUUGGAUCCAAAACAUACUGUAUCGAAAUAUGUUUGUACAUCGAAGUGUCAUGUUCACGCGGAUAAAGUAACAGAAUAUAUUUGUAAGACCUGUGAUAAGAUCGGAUGUAACGUUUGCAUGACGGUAGACCAUCGAUCAUGUGAUGGUGUCAGGUAUAUCCCGGACGAAGUGAAGAAAUCUGAUACAUCUGUAGAAAUACAAGAAUUUGCGAAAAUGAUAGAUGAUAUGAUUGAAGAGCAAACAAAAUUGUAUGUCAAGAUUGACCAAAAUUUUCAAAUGUCCGAUGAAAUGAACAAAACAGCAUGUAAUGACCUUGAGCGACAAAAAGAUCAGAUUGUCACCUUCUUCGAAAAACUUUAUGAUAAAAUAAAAACCGAAAUUGUUGGAAAACAGGACGCAGAUAAAAAAGUAUUUAAAACGUUGUUGAAAGAAGUGAGUAUUAUGCAAACAAAAUUGACAAAUCGGAAAGCAAGAUUACAAACAUUAGAACAAGGUCAUCAAAUCUGUGAAGCUUUUAUUUUCAUGAAAUACACGCAAGCAGCAAUGGGAAGGAUGUCAAGUAACAUGAAGGAACUUUCAGAAAAUGGAAAGGAAAAAACAGCUAGAUACGAGCGAUCUUUAGAUGUCGAAGAACUGAAAGAAGAUAUCAAAUGUUUAGGACGUUUGUUAACUGGAGAAACAGACCAGAUAAGACAAAUCGAGUCGGUAAAGAAAAAGAUGGAGAAAGAACUCCAUAUAAUACGCCGUGAAAAAGAGGAUCUGAAGGACGUUCUAGAUAGAACGAAUGCAAUAGCUGAAGGCCUUAAGAAAAAUGUUACUGAUUUACAGUCACGUGUACAAAAGGAAGAACAAAACAACAAACUCCUGAAAACUGAGAAAGAAAAUCAAAAACUGGACUAUGAAAGCAG